AUCCUCUCCUUCCUAUAAGUAUUGCAAGAACUGGGGAAGAAAAGAUGCAUACGAUAAUCACUAUAUAGAGAGAAAAGGCUAUUUGGAAAGAGCUCAGCACUGAUUGCCGGAUUCUAUGGCGGCGACCGUGGAGACCCCGGCGAUCUCGGCACCGCCCUUUCAGCUACACAGCUCCCCCUCAAUGGCCCAUUCGCCACUCAUCAGGUCUGCACCGAAGACACCCGCGAGGAGCCCUUUCGCAGCCCGGCUCAUGAUGACGCCCCUGGCAAGCCCCGUGAAGAAGGCCAUGGCGAGCGUGCAAGGGUACUUGGAAGAGGUCGGGCACUUCACCAAGCUCGACCCGCAGGACGACUGGCUCCCCAUCACGGAGUCCAGGAACGGCAACGUGUACUACUCGGCGUUCCACACGCUGAGCUCGGGGAUCGGCGUCCAAGCCCUCGUUCUUCCCUUGGCCUUCUCCGUGCUCGGUUGGACUUGGGGAACUGUCUGUCUGUCUGCGGUGUUCAUGUGGCAGCUCUACACGCUCUGGUUGCUGGUUCAGCUUCACGAGUGCGAGGACGGGACACGCUACAGCAGAUACCUCCGACUUUCCAUGGCAGCUUUCGGUGAAAAGAAGGGGAAGCUACUGGCCCUCUUCCCAAUAAUGUAUCUCUCGGGGGGCACCUGCGUGGCCCUGAUCAUGAUCGGUGGCGGGACCAUGAAGAUAAUCUUCGAGAUCCUAUGUGGCGGCGCGUGCGGCAUCAACCCGCCGUCCACCGUGGAGUGGUACCUUGUGUUCAUCUGCUGCGCCAUAAUACUGGCCCAGCUACCCAACCUGAACUCGAUAGCUGGAGUCUCGCUGAUCGGGGCGGUCACGGCUAUCGGGUACUGCACCUUGAUCUGGGCGCUGUCCAUCACCAAGAGCCGGCCUGCAGGCAUCUCCUACGAGCCGCUGAAGACGGGGUCGGAGCUGGCUAGGGUUUGUGGCGUCCUGAACGCGAUCGGUAUAGUAGCUUUCGCGUUCAGAGGCCACAAUGUCGUGCUGGAGAUCCAGGGGACUAUGCCUUCAAGUAGACAAAAGCCAUCUCGGCAGCCCAUGUGGAAAGGGGUCAAAUAUGCAUACCUGGCAAUAGCAAUGUGUCUGUUUCCCCUAGCAAUUGGUGGCUAUUGGGCCUACGGAAACUCGAUCCCUGCAAAUGAAGGCAUCCUCAAUGCUCUGUACAAGUACCACCUUCGCGACACGUCCAAGGUCAUCCUUGUCUUAGCGAGCCUGCUCAUCGUGAUCAACAGCCUGAGCUCGUUCCAGAUAUACGCGAUGCCGGUGUUCGACAACCUAGAAUCUAGGUAUACCUGCAGCAAGCGCAAACCAUGUCCUCGGUGGCUGCGCACGUGCAUCCGCAUCUUCUUCGGAUGCCUGGCUUUCUUCAUAUCGAUCGCGUUGCCCUUCUUGCCGAGCCUGGCUGGACUGAUAGGAGGAAUCGCGUUGCCCAUAACCUUGGCAUACCCGUGCCUGAUGUGGAUUCUAAUAAAGAAACCCGCUAAAUACAGCGUGAUGUGGUGUAUAAACGGAGUUCUGGGGGUGUCGGGGAUGGUGCUCAGUGUUCUCAUAGUUGGGGCAGCCAUUUGGAGCAUAGUGACAAUAGGAAUAGAAGUCCACUUCUUCAAGCCGGAAUAGAAUUUUAACUGCAAGGUGGUACUCAUAUAGUGUAGAAACUACAUAAUGUGGAACCGUCGGGCCGUCGACUUGAUGAAGGAAAGCACAAGUAGCAAUGAAGAGGUAAUCUCCUAAGCUAGUGCAUGCAGAAGUCUACGCAGAACCUUUCGACAUAACCAUUGUCCAUAAGAUAAUUACUAUUCGGUAACCACGACUAGCGACUGAUCAUGUGUGGGAGCUGCAAGGGCAGCAGCAGAGUAAGCACGAGGAACAAAAGUACUGUAUGAUGUUGUGUAACUUGUGUUCAUCCUUGUACAAAAUUUAUGUGGUACUUUCAGCGAGA